AUGGGUGGUGGCAAAGAAAAUGGUAGAUUUGGAGAAUACCAAUUGAGGUCCGAUUCUAUGGCAAGCGUCUAUUCUGGUGCCGGAGAAGGAAGGUAUGGCACGGUAACAGUCAGAGGUCAAGUGGAAUUCGGUCUCCAGUACAACUACAAAGCCGGAGCGCUAGAAAUCCAAAUAAAACAAUGCAAAGACUUAGCUCCAGUAGAUGUUAAACGAAACCGAUCGGAUCCUUAUGUUAAGGUGUAUCUACUUCCUGACAAAUCGAAAAGCGGAAAACGAAAAACAAAAGUCAAGAAGCACACUCUGAACCCAGUGUUCGACGAAUGUCUGAAGUUCCAUAUUCCCUUGAAUGGUUUGGAAACGAGGACGUUAUGGUUGACAGUGUGGCAUUCAGAUAUGUUUGGAAGAAACGAUUUUCUAGGAGAGGUCAUGAUGACUUUAGAAAAUAAAGUUUUCGAUGAUCCUACUCCUAAAUGGUACAAUUUACAGGAAAGGACUGAACCCUUUGAAGAUUUCCAAUCAUACAAAGGUGACAUUAUAGUUUGUCUUAAAUUUGUACCACCUGAUAUGUCAGUUCAGAAAAAAGGAAAGAGAUCAAGAGGGGCUCUCCAUGUGUUGGUCAAAGAAGCGAAGUCAUUAGCAGCCGUAAAAGCAAACGGUACAUCAGAUCCUUUCUGUAAAAGUUAUCUGCUUCCUGAUAAAGGCAGAAGUUCGAAACAGAAAACUCCUGUAGCUAGAAGAACAGUCAACCCUGUAUGGAAUUACACUUUCAUUUACGAUGAUGUGACAUUGCAAGAGCUGGCAGAAAGAUGUUUAGAGUUAACCAUAUGGGAUCAUGACAGAUUAGCAAGUAACGAGUUUUUGGGAGGAGUAAGGUUUUGCUUAGGAACAGGUAAACACUAUGGUAAGACCGUAGAAUGGAUGGAUGCAACAGGUAGGGAACUCAGUCUAUGGAAAAACAUGCUGGAGAAACCCAAUUUCUGGGUAGAAGGAUGUCUUUCGCUAAGAUCAAGUCUAGACGCUCGUGUAUCAUAACAAAAUACUCAAGAGAUAUAUUUUCAAUUCAUAUGUAAUGUUACAAUAAUUAAUGAUAAUUUGAAGUAUUGUUAGUAUGUUGCUGAAAUGUACAUGGGUUUAAAAUGUGUAAUCAUUUCAAGAUGUAAGUAAAUUUUUAUUACUAGUUAUUUAACGUAUACCUUUUUAGGUAAUUGUAACUCUAACAAACUGAUAUAUUUUCUUAUAAUAAUAAAUAAAUGUUUUCUACGUUUAUAACACUG